CCUGCAAGUAUAAAAUGCCCGUGUGCAGAUACAUGCCUAGGUAGAUAUAAUAGAUAUAAUAAGGAUAAGCCUACCGCCUGCCACCAUGUGUCUUAGUCGGGGUAGACAUUGUAUUUCCCGCCAUACGAUCAUGUCCCACCGAUCUUGACUUCUGUUCCUGCAGAUAUAUGAUAUACAAUAUAAUAAAUAUCAAUAGCGAUAGGUAACUGGCGUGAUGGUAUUUCUUCAUUCAUAUUACCUGUGGCUUACCACGCUGUCUCACGCUGUUUUUGCGACUUCAAGAUCUAUUGGAAUACCUACCGUUCCCUUUACUAGCUCUGAUGAGGGGUCAUAUCCGAUUUCGUCUCUCAGGGGGGUGUUGGUAGACUCCAAGUUGGCUGAGAGUCGUGAUGAAUCUGGCGAGACGUUGAUUCCGCCAAGUCUACAAGAAUUCGCCAAAACUUUCGCGGAUGACUUACAUGAUGUUCUGGGCCUCGACAUCAGCGUCUCUCCUAGCGACGAACCUAUAUCAGAUACCGUAUUUCUCACGCUAGGAGACCCUAGCAAGUAUACCGAUGUCAAGGGCUCGCAAACUUCCGAAGGAUAUACCCUUUCAGUCGACUCUUCGGGGAUCGUUAUAACCGGCGCCAGCCCUCUAGGCGUGUGGUGGGGUACGCGAACUGUUCUUCAGCAAGCAGUUCUCUCCAAUGGCUCUUUAUCUUAUGGGGAAGCAGACGAUGCUCCUGGGUGGAGGACUCGGGGCAUGGCGCUCGACGCAGCCCGGCAUUAUUAUCCACCGGAGUUCAUAAUUGAGUUGUGUUCUUACAUGAGCUUCUUUAAGCAGAAUACAUUCCAAAUACAUCUAAGUGAUAAUCUAUAUAACAAUGUCAAUCUAUAUACUAGGGAGCAGUCAUUGGAACUAUACGCUCGGUUCCGGCUGUGGUCUGAUUCUGAAGAACUAGCUGGCUUGAAUAAGUAUAAGAAUGAGUCUUAUACUAGAGAACAAUUUGAAGAAAUCCAGACUACAUGUGCUUCUCGAGGAGUUACCAUCAUCCCGGAGAUCGAGGCCCCAGGACACGCACUAGUCAUCGUACAAUGGAAGCCGGAGCUGGGACUCGAAGGCGAAUUGUCGCUAUUAAACAUUUCACAUCCAGACUCGAUACCUACCGUGAAGACCAUAUGGAGCACUUUUCUAGAUUGGUUCCACGUGAAGACCGUGCACAUCGGCGCGGACGAAUAUACCGGCGAUCCCAAUGACUAUAACCUGUUCGUCAACGAGAUGGCCGAUUACAUCUACCAGGAAUCCGGGAAAUCCAUCCGCAUAUGGGGCACGUUCCCCCCGAAGCCCGAGUACAGCAACAUCUACACCAACGUCUCGAUCCAGCACUGGACCUUCUCCGAAGACGACCCGUACCACGACUACAUCCUGAACAACUACUCGGUCCUCAACUCCGACGACACCUACUACACCGUACUCAAGUACCACCGCAGCUACCCGCAGGUCGUCAACGUCGCGCGCACCUUUAACGGCGACCCGGCGGCGGGGGCGGGCGGCGGGGGAGGGGGGAUAUGGCAGCCGCACGUGUUUGACACGAAGACGGCAGCGAACAACCCGGAGCGGUCGAACCCCCUGGUCCUCGGCGCCGUGACCCCGCUGUGGAACGACUUCGGCGCCAACGCGUCCGUCUUCUCCGAGGCGUACUACGCCUGGCGCGACGGCAUCCCCGCCCUCGCCGACAAGCAGUGGGGCGGGGACCUGUCGGCCGCGGAGUUCGCCGCCGCGUUCGCCGCCCUGCAACCGUUCGCGCCGGCGCAGAAUCUCGACCGCGCGAUCCCGUCUGUCGGAUCCACGGUUUUCAAUUAUACUACUACUAUUACUACUAAUACUACCACUGACUCCUCCUCUUCCUGCUCUUCUAAUUCGGCCCUGAAGAGCCACUACUACCACUUUACUUCUUUAGAGAAACGGACCGACACCACGAUCGUCGUCGACCACUCCGGAAACGGGUACGACGCCAUCGCCACCUGCCCCCUCACAUCCGCAUCCGCAUCCGAUUCCACCGCUAUCCCCAUAAACUCUUCAUGCUCCCUCGUCACGCCCCUAUCCUCCAAAGGCAGGAACUACACGCUCUCCCUGCGCCUGCUCGUCUCCUCCUUCGACGCCGACGCCACCGCUACCACCACCCUCCUCUCCGGCCGGGACUCCGCGCUCAUGCUCACCCCGAACCUGACGCUGUUCGCCUCCGGCAACUAUUACCGGCUAAACACCACCGUGCCCCUGGGAUCCUGGUUCGGCUUGGAUGUCGUGGGGCGCGGGAACCGGACGUUUGCGCGCGUGCGCGCGGAGCAGAAGCAGCAGGGGGCAGGAGAGGGCGGGGAAGGAGAAGAGGGGAAAGGGAAGGAGAAAGAGAAAGGGGAGGAGGAGGAGUUCCAGGCGGUAUUAGGCGUUAACGGCGUCUCUCUCGUCUGGGCUCCCAUCGCUAUCGAGGCGCCGCUGGAGAGGGUCGGGGGCGAGGGCGCGGGGUGGACGGGGCUGUUGGCUGCUAUGAGCUUGAGCUCUGAGGCUUGAGUGUGAGUGAGCGAAUGUGUAUUGGGGAGAGAAAGAAAGAGAAGGGGAGGAGGAUGUUAGGGUUGGGUAGAUAGAUGGCUUACCUGGGUACUUAAGUUAGAGCAUCUAGACUGCCAUUUAGUAAUAACAUCUAUCUACCUCAUAUGUAAGUAGGUAGGUACCUAACUUAAGGUAUCUAAUUACGACAUAGGUAAGACAUAAUCAGAUUUUACUCUAUCUACAAAGUUAUUUACCUGUUCAUACGGAAAGCUUAAGCCAACCUGACCCACCAUCAGAGUGUCAUACAUGAUUAGAGUAGGGAAUAACCAGUAUACAAACCACCAUCACGACGCGAGGUAGCUAUCAUUCACUCUAGGCAUAAACAAAGCUUCGA